AUGAGAAAAACUUAUGAAAUUCGAAAUUAUUUUCACCCUAAUAUCAAAAAUACCAAACUUGAAUGUGAUAUUUGUAAAGCUUCUUAUAAUAUUAAAAAAAACUCAAAUUUUGUUACUACUCAAAAUAACAUUCAAGAAAUUUUACCAUAUAAUGGUAAUAAAUAUCAUGCAACUGUUCAAGAUGACACUGAUUCUGAACCUGAAAUCGAAGAAAUUAUCGAAACUGGUCAAGCUUUAAUGCCAAUUAAAAGAAAACUUAGAGAAAUCAAGAAUUCAACUAAAAAACAAAAA